AAUGGCUUGGAGAGUGGACCACACAUCGCUCCUUUUAAACGGCUUAUAAAGGCAUCAAACUUUAGCUUUCCCACCUAACCCACUACUCAUAAAAGGAACUCCAUUUUCAUCAUUGACAUUCCAAGCUUUUUUCUUAGAGAUGGCGCAGGGAAGCGGCAGUUCAAAUCAAGCCAAGUUCAUGGUUCCAUUGCUACUUUGGUUCCUGGUUUUCUCGGAAACCGUCGACGCGACAACUUAUACCGUCGGAGGCUCCGAUGGUUGGACCUUUAACACGGCCACUUGGCCUCGAGGGAAGCAUUUCAAGGCCGGUGACAAACUCCUGUUCAAAUAUGAUCCGACGCUCCACAAUGUGGUGGCCGUGAACAGGGGAGGUUACCGGCGUUGCAUUACGCCGGCGGCGGGUGCAAAAGUGUAUAAAUCAGGGAAAGAUGAGGUGAAACUGCACAAGGGAUUGAACUUCUUCAUUUGCAACAUUGCUGGGCACUGUGAAUCUGGAAUGAAGAUAGCCAUUAAUGCAGUGUAAUAAUAUUUUUCUUCCAUAAAUGCCCC